UGUCUCCCUCUCUCUCUCUCUCUCUUCCUCUUUCCCCACCCCGGCCCCUGCUCUGCUUCGUCUCCACUCCUCCCGCCGCCGCCGCCCCGGCCCCCCGGCCGCGCGAUUGGGCUCUAGACCCUCAUCGGAUCCGCCGCCGCGCGCGUCGCCAUUCCCCGCGCCGCCUUCCCGUCUCACUCCGCCCGCCGGUUCCCGUUGCUGCGCCUGCGGCAGGCGGUUUCCUUCCCGCGCCUGCCUUCCCCACCUUUCUGUUUCCUGAUCCUGGUCCUGGUUCGCGGGUUCCCGAUUUCGCGCGCUCGUGCGGCGGCCGAUGCCCGCGUCCUCCUCCGUGGCGGCGGCGAGAUCCGGCCCGCGCGUGGCAGUAAACCGACCCCACGUCCUCACCUGAGCCGGCGGAGGUUUCGUGUCCCGUUCUCUCUUCUGUUCCGACCAGAGAGAGAGAGAGAGGAUCGCCAGUCGCGAGGCUGAGGAGCAAGGGAGAUGGCGUCUCCGUACGCCGCCUCGCCGUACGUGCUGUCGCUGCUGCUUCUGGUGCUCUCCGUCCCGGCCGUCUUCCUCCUCGCGCCGCGCCUCAUCCCGCCGCGCACGCUCCCGGCCAUCCCGGACGCCGACGAGACGGAGGACCUCGCGCUGUUCCGCCGCGCCGUGCUCCUCUCCGCCGCCCCCUCCAAGACCGGCCCCGCCUCCGCCUCCGCAUCCACCUCGCGCUUCUUCGGCGCGGCCCACCGACAGAGGAAGCAGAAGGUGGCGUUCCUCUUCCUCACCAACUCCGACCUCGUCUUCGCCCCGCUCUGGGAGAAGUUCUUCGCGGGCCACCACGACCUCCUCAACGUGUACGUCCACGCCGACCCAUCCGCGGCGCUGCUCCUCCCGCCCACGCCUUCCUUCAGGGGGCGCAUCAUCGGGGGAAAAGCCACCGCGCGCGCCUCCGCCACGCUCAUCUCCGCCGCGCGCCGCCUCCUCGCCACCGCGCUGCUCGACGACCCGGCCAACCACUUCUUCGCGCUGCUCUCCCAGUCCUGCGUCCCGCUGAUGCCCUUCCCGGCGCUCUACCGCACGCUCGCCGCCGACAAUGCCGGCCCGCGUGGACGACACCGCAGCUUCAUCGAGAUCCUCGACGCCGAGCCCACGCUGCACGACCGCUACUACGCGCGCGGCGACGACGUGAUGCUCCCCGAGGUGCCCUACGAGAGCUUCCGCGUCGGCUCCCAGUUCUUCGUGCUCACCAGGAGGCACGCCGUCAUGGUGGUCAGGGACAGGAGGCUCUGGAACAAGUUCAAGCUGCCGUGCCUCGUCAAGAGGAAGUUCUCGUGCUACCCGGAGGAGCACUACUUCCCGACGCUGCUGGACAUGCAGGACCCCGCCGGAUGCACCAAGUUCACGCUCACCAGGGUCAACUGGACCGACUCGUUCGACGGCCAUCCGCACACGUACCAGCCGGAGGAGGUCUCCCCGGAGCUCAUCAGGGACCUCAGGAAGUCCAAUGGCACAUACUCCCACAUGUUUGCGCGCAAAUUCGCGCCUGGAUGCCUUGCGCCCCUCAUGGAGAUUGCCGACUCUGUCAUUCUUCGUGACUAGGCUGCUUGCAUCCCUCCGUUUGCACAACUGGAAGAGCUGAGGGUUGUGAUGUGAUGAACAAGCGUAAGCUGAUCCAUCCAUUCCCUUUGGAAUUCUUCAGAGAGGAGGAACCAGCACCAAACCUACUUUGUUUUGCACCUGCAGUUGCUCUUUGGCAAAAGUUGGAUGCCACGCCUCAGAGGUUAAUGAUGGCGGUAUUGGUGGCGAAGGGCCCCAGCUGCCUCUUGUGAGUAUUUGUUUUUUGUGAGUUCUUGUUUCUUUUUUUUUUUCCAGUGAGAGCUGAGUGGUGGCUAAAGAUGAUGGAGAAGUUUGCACGUAAUAGGGUCGUAGUUAGCAUGAUCAUCCUGUGUAUUUGCAUGGAGACAAUCUGUCGGUACAUGCAGUGAUGGUUUGUAGUAUCUGUUGCAUAUAUUACAUAUGUCAAUAUCAUGCCUUCUUAAAAUACAUCAAAAUAGUGUGAUUGUGUCAUGGCA